UCACCUACACCUUCACUAUGAAGUUCCUUGUACUAGUACUCGCUGUGCUGCCCAUAUACGCAGCAGCUAACCACCCCAAACACGACCUUCAUCAUAUAGAAAAUGUUCAUAUUCGCGAGAAAAGGCAACAUCCUAAUUACGGUCAAGGGAACCAAGCGCAGCCUAACAUACAACAACUGCUGCAAGCGCAGAAUGCGCGUGCACCCCUCGUGAAUAUUCCUCCUCAGCCAGUUCCGAAAUUGGGACCGUCUCAGCCCAUCAAGCCGCAGUAUUUAAAUCAAGCUCAGGUCUCGCAGUACCGGCCGCAGGUCUCGAUCUCUAACGGUGGCCAACAACCAAAUUACAAGAAACCGAUCCUCCCCCAGCAGCCGCAAUACCGUCCAGCCCCCGCGCAGCCUUACCCCCAGCAGCCCGUAAGACAGAACUACAACGCACCGCAGCAGCAAUACUCGUCAAAGCUGCCGCCUCACGUCCAGAAAUUGUUGCAAUACCAGCAAAGCUUGACUAAUUAA